GAACUUCUGAAAUGGAAUGGAUGGGGAUAUAAUGACUCCAAAUUCAUCUUCAAUAAGAAGGGUCAAGCAGAAUUCACAGGAAAAAGGUACAGAUUAGGUGGUAUGGUAUUACCAACUUUUAAGGAAUGGAUAGAAAAAACCUUUGGAGCAAGUCUGGAGCACAAAACUACCUCUAGAGCAUCUUUAAAUAUUAAUGAUGUACCUCUACCCAUUGUAAAUGAAGAAUUUCUCCAGGAUCUUAUAGCCACUAAAAUCUCAUAUUCACAGGAUGCAGAAGAUAGAGUAUUCAGAGCUCAUGGUCACUGCCUACAUGAGAUAUUUGUACUCAGGGAAGGAAUGUUUAAGCGAAUUCCUGAUAUAGUUGUGUGGCCUGUUUGCCAUGAAGAUGUAGUUAAAAUUGUGGAGUUAGCCUGCAAACAUAAUCUCUGCAUAAUACCAUUUGGUGGAGGGACGAGUGUCUCUAGUGCUCUCGAAUGUCCUGAAGAAGAAAAAAGAACAAUUAUCUCACUGGAUACAUCACAAAUGAAUCGGAUUCUCUGGAUAGAUGAGAAAAACUUAACAGCUUGUGUGGAAGCUGGCAUUGUUGGGCAAGAUCUGGAAAAACAGCUUGCUGAAAGUGGCUUCUGUACAGGCCAUGAACCAGACUCCAUGGAGUUCAGUUCACUAGGAGGAUGGGUAGCAACACGAGCAUCAGGCAUGAAAAAAAACAUCUAUGGAAACAUUGAAGAUCUGGUGAUUCAUAUAAAAAUGGUAACUCCUAGAGGAAUAGUAGAAAAAAACUGUCAAGUACCUCGCAUGUCCACAGGACCUGACAUCCAUCACUUCAUUAUGGGAUCUGAAGGAACUCUUGGAGUGGUUACUGAAGUGACGAUAAAGAUUCGCCCAGUCCCUGAAUACCAAAAGUAUGGCUCUGUCGUCUUCCCCAACUUUGAGCGAGGAGUGGCCUGCUUACGGGAAGUGGCAAAGCAGAGAUGUGCUCCUGCAUCAAUUCGCCUAGUUGACAAUGCACAGUUUCAAUUUGGUCAUGCUCUUAAACCACAAGUUGCUUCCAUUUUUACAUCAUUUUUGGAUGGACUGAAAAAAUUCUACAUCACAAAGUUUAAAGGAUUUGAUCCCAACUUACUAUGUGUAGCUACCUUGCUCUUUGAGGGUGACAGAGAGAAGGUUCUUCAGCAUGAAAAGCAAGUCUAUGAUAUUGCCACCAAGUUUGGUGGCUUGGCAGCAGGAGAAGAUAAUGGACAGAGAGGAUAUAUGCUGACGUUUGUUAUUGCUUACCUUCGGGACCUGGGCCUGGACUACUAUGUAAUAGGAGAAUCAUUUGAGACAUCGGUUCCUUGGGAUAGGGUUUUGGACCUUUGUAGGAAUGUAAAGGAAAGGAUAGUAAGAGAAUGUAAAGAAAAGGGUGUUCAGUUUGCUCCACUUUCCUCCUGCAGGGUGACACAGACGUAUGAUGCAGGUGCAUGUGUCUACUUCUACUUUGCCUUUAACUACAGAGGAAUUAGUGAUCCUGUUCAUGUAUAUGAACAAAUUGAGAGAGCUGCUAGAGAAGAAAUACUUGCCAAUGGAGGAAGUCUGUCACAUCACCAUGGAGUAGGCAAAUUGCGGAAGCGCUGGAUGAAGGAGAGCAUCUCUGAUGUUGGCCUGGGAAUGCUGAAAUCUGUUAAAGAAUAUGUGGACCCCAAUAACAUCUUUGGAAACAAAAAUCUUUUAUAAAGCCCUGCACAACAUGAUCUACUAAAACUUCUUUGAAAUUACUGUUGAAGUUCCUCCACUUUCACUGUAUUGAUAUCCCAGUAAUCAAAUAUAACAUAGACUAAACUUUAAAAAUUAGCAACUUACAUUGAUUUUUGCCACCCUUUUCCCCCUCCCUCCAAUAAAGUGUAAAUGUUGCUGUAAAAGUUUAUGGAUUUUUCCUUAUAAUGCUGUUAAACUCUUAACCCACUGGGCACAAAGUGUGUUACAAACCAGGAAAUGCAAGUUUGGGUUACCAGGUUUGGUUUGGCAACACAGCUGACAGUAUCUUUCAGUGCUGGAUAUUGCCAGAUGUUUCUUACUAAAGCAACCCCUGCAAGGACUGACAACAGUGUUUUCUGCAGAAGCAGCUGCUCAACCCAGCCUCUUGAUAAAGGAAAGCUGCUAGGAGACAGAUGAGAGAACA